AUGAAUGCUGCUAUAGUAUACUUGGAAGGCAAGGCAGCUGCUGAUCCCAUGUCUAUGGCCCGGUACAAUUUGACUGAAGAAGGUAUGUUGGAAAACAUGUUUUGGGUAGAUGGUCCUAGCAGGGUUCAUUUUCAACACUUUGGAGACGUCGUUGCAUUUGAUUCGACGUAUAAGAAGAACAAGUACAACAGACCCCUUGUCAUAUUCUCAGGUUCAAACAACCACAAGCAAACAACGAUUUUUGGGUUCGGUUUGGUUUUAGAUGAGACAAUCGGUUCAUACAAGUGGAUGUUGGAGAACUUGUUAGAAGUCAUGUGUGGGAAGCUGCCCUCUGUUGUUGUGACUGACGGGGAUGAAUCAAUGAUCGCUGCAGUUAGGGAAGUGUUGCCCCGGGCAACCCAUAGGUUGUGUGCAUGGCAUCUACAUAAGAAUGUGACCUCGAACACCAACGAGCAGAUGUUCCGUGAUGUCUUUGCCAAGUGGUUGUAUGCCAACAUGGAGGUUGAAGAGUUUGAGGGUGAAUGGGCACAGGUUGCUGAACAGUAUGGGUUACUCAAUAAGUAUUGGGCGUUAUAA